AUGCAUUUGCAGAAUGGACUCUUCGAACAGGUCAUCGAACAUUGGGAGGCCAUGUUGUGGCGAGGUCGCCCAGGCAAGAAUUCCUCGGCUGACUGGGUGGGGGGGCAGAGCGACUUGGAGGAGAUUCAGGAACACCGCCACUCACUUUCUCUACAACGUACCCGUCCAUGUAAAUUUCUGGGGCGCACCCUCACUAGCAUCUCAUCCAUGACCUUGGCUGAGGAGCGGGAUCCUCGCUUCAUCGCCGGGGCAGGAGGCGGAGACAGCUCGGGGAAUUACGUUGGAGGAAACCAUGGGGUUGGGGGUAGACGCGAACUCAUCUCACCCCGGCUGGCACUGUCCGAAAUUGACACACUGUACACAUCAUCGGCGUCACGACAACUUACGCAGGCGGUAAUGGACUGGCUCAGAGCCGGUGCUGCCAACGUCUUUACCGACCCGUGGGUUUGGAUACGGCGCUUACAUGAGGCCGGCCAAGCUGGCCACAUGGUCUGA